AUGAUCUUUUGUUCUAGUUAUUUUGCCCAGAAUGAUUCUUUGGUACUCUCUCAACGUGUGAUCGGCCUGUAUACACUUACACUAAACACAUCAGCUAUUCAGCUUAAUUCAUUCGCGCGUCGUGCACUUUCUCAGUUAACAGCACGAUUCAAUGCUGAACUCUAUGAAGAUUUUAUCAACGCUUGGGGAACUCAUAUCAUUACUCAGUCGCUCGUUGGUGGCAUGAUCGAAGAACGAGCCAAAGUAAAACGAUGCUUCCUUGCCGAUCACGAUGAUAUUCUUUCUGAAUGCAUACCUUUCUCAGAUCGAGGUCCCAUUAGUGCUCGUUGUGCUUACUAUGCUAAUCAAACGCGCAUGAUAUCGAAACGACAUCUCGGUGGCAGUGUGAUAGUUGACAAUGAUAAUGACUGGAAAAGAACAUUGGCUGUUGGACCUGCUCUAUUGCAGAUUCUGGAGAUGGUACCCUGGUAUGAUUUUGUUAGCGAUGAUACAGUGAAAGAAAACUUGCGCACAAUCAUUCAAUACCAGCUAAAAAAUACAGAUACUCGACAAGCAGAAGCUGUUCGUCAAAUAAAUGCACGCCUAUCUCCAUGCGUUUCAUUUGGCGAAAUAAUUAUUAAUUCAUCGGGUAAGUCUUCAACCAAUCAAUCUCCUAUUUUAAGCAUUGUUGAUUUACUCAGUUCUUUGCAAAGGUCACUGUAGUUGGAUCGAUAUCAAACAGGAUUGGCAAUAUGACCUCUUCAAACUAAAAUCAGAAGUAGAUCGUUGGAUUUAGCUUUUAUUCAAAUUCUAGACUAUCUAAAAGUCUUACCUGCUAAGUUGACAAAUAUACCACUCACAAGUCGGUCUCAUUCUUCUGCGUGAAACGUCAUCAUGAGAAAUAACAACUGUAACCCAUGUAAAAAAGUUAGGGGUAAAACCAGAUUAAAAUCGAUUAAAAAGUGAUUACAAAUCGAUUAAAAUCACACACCUUUUAAUCGAUUUUUAAUCAAAAAUAAUCAAAAAAAUCAAAAUUUCAUACACGAUUUCGAUUAAUUCGGAUUAAUUUCGAUUAUAAUCGAUUAAAAUUUAAUGAGAAAAACUGAUUUUAAUUGAUUCAAAUCGAUGAAAAUCAGCUGAAAAUUUUUUUAUGUAUUCAGAACAAAAAUCGAUUUUAAUUGAUUCAAAUCGAUGAAAAUCAGCUGAAAAUUUUUUUAUGUAUUCAGAACAAAAAUCGAUUUUUUUUUCAUUAAAUUUUAAUCGAUUAUAAUCGAAGCUAAUCAGAAGUAAUCGAUUAAAAGGUGUAUGAUUUUAAUCGAUUUGUAAUCACUUUUUAAUCGAUUUUAAUCGAUGCCAAUCUGAUUUUACUGCUACUUUUUUUUACAUGGGUAAGACUCCGAUUGCUCUAUUAAGUUAUUAUUUGCACAUAAAAUAAAAAGGAAAAAAGCAAAGGGUAUCCGUUCAAUUUUCGUGGGCUGUAGUAGUUCAUAAGAAAAAGAAACAAUGCUAACGAGAGAACCUCUCCAACUGUCAAAUUGCUUUCAAGUCGGCAAUAUGUGCAUCAUAUAGGCCCUCAUGAGCUAUGAAUACGUUGAAAAGAGUUCGUGCUGCUGGCUUAUUGCUGCUGAGAUAUCGCAUUUUUAGGGUAUUUUUAACUGCAAAGCCAUAGUUUGGCUCAGGAACAUCACGAAAAACCAUGUUUCGAAUCUCGACUUGAAACUCUUCACAGAGAGAGGGCAAGAUGAGCAUAGUUUAUUGUGAAAGUUUCAGAGCUUUUAGUUGUUCCUAUGCUAAGAUAGAACUAUCGUAAAAGCAUGCUGUUACGUUGCUCAUAUACCUCUAGUGUCCUGCACGGGUAUGACUUUUCGCACAGGGACUCAGACCGGCACCCUUCUUAAUAUAUGGGCUUGAACCGACCAGGCCAUCUUACACUCGAACUCGAAUAAUGAUACUCGGCACCCUAUUAGACCUGGACAAGAGGUAAUUGAUAUUCAGCAGGACUUUUCAUAGUCAUACUAUGGGCUAUUCUUUCGAAAGUGUACCAGAGUUUACAUCGACUUCAUCCGAAUCGAAUGAAACUUUCAGAGUUUGUAGAACUUAUCCCUAUAAGCAUAGCUGUAAGUUCAAAACAUUUUAAAAAUCUUGCGAAGGGAUCCAAAGAGAUGGCCAAUUUGGGGAAUCCCAGCAAAAUGGGACCUUAUCUAGUUCCUCUAUUGUAAAUGAUAGAAGUCUGAAAAUUUCACCAUAUAUACAACUUGUUGAGGUGAUAAUUUUUUUUAGCGGACGUCCCCCCCUCCGUGUUUUGUUUUUUGGGAAAAUGCUAUAGAGAAUGCUACUUUUUGAUUUUUUUGGAGUCAAAUAUUUCUAUGAAGUGCAAAUGGAUUUUUAACUCUUAUUACUACUUUAGAAUCGUCGAACUGUCCUCUAUUCAA